GCCCCGAGGGAGAGGCGGAGGAAUCGGGGGUCCCUGCAGCCCUUGGUGGGUUUGCAGUUGCAGCCAUGGAGGGCGCGGCCGGGCCGGGCCGCAGCCUGCAGGACGAGCUGACCUGCCCCGUGUGCCUGGAGUACCUGCGGGACCCGGUCAUGGUCUCGGACUGCGGGCACAAUUUCUGCCGCGCCUGCGUCACCAAGUGCUGGGAGGACUCGGAGCGCAGCCUGUGCUGCCCCCAGUGCCGGGAGCCGGUCCCCCACCGCCUCUUCCGGCCCAACCGGCAGCUGGCCAACAUCGUGGAGAUCGUCAAGCAUUUCGGGGCGCAGGCGGCUGCCGGGCCGGGGGCGGCCGGUGGGGGGGUGUGCGAGCGGCACGGGGAAGCCCUGAAGCUCUUCUGCCAGGAGGACCAGAAGCCCGUCUGUCUGGUUUGCCACCUGUCCUGGGACCACCGAGCCCACCGGGUGGUGCCCAUAGAAGAGGCUGCCCGGGGCUGUAAGGAAGCACCGCAAGAGCACCUGGCUGGUCUGAGAAAAGACAGAGAAGAAGCCAAAGCCAACGAGGAGAAGAGAAGUGAGGAGCUGCUGAAACAGACAGAAGCCGAGAGACAGAAGAUCCUCUCUGAGUGUAAGGAGCUGCGUGGGUUCCUGGAGGAGAAGGAGCAGUUCCUGCUGUCCCGGCUGGAAGCGCUUGAUGGAGACAUUGCUCAGAGAAGGGAUGAGAGUGUCUCUAAACUCUCAGAAGAAAUCUCCCACAUUGAUAAACUGAUCACUGAGAAGGGAGAAGAGACGGGGCAGCAGCCGGUGAGCCAGUCCCUGCAGGGUGGUGGUGGCAGCAGGAUCAGCAGCGAGAACUGGACGUUUCAGAAGCCGGAGCCUGCAUUUGCGGAGCUGGAAAAAAGACUCAGGAGUUUCUCUCAGAAAAGCGCCGUCCUGAAGGAAGUCCUGCUGGAGUUCAAAGAAAAUCUGCGCUUCGAGCUGGAGAACGACACAGCCGAUAUAUCUCUAGACCUGGACACUGCAAACCCCUACCUGGUGCUGUCCGAGGAUAAGCGCAGCGUGAGGCUGAGGAGCGCCCCGCAGGACGUGCCGGCCAGCCCCAAGAGAUUCGAUUACUCCUUCUCUGUUCUGGGGGCCGAGGGCUUCACCUCGGGGAGGCACUACUGGGAGGUGGAAGUGGGGGACGGGGACAGCUGGGCUGUGGGGGCUGCCAGGGAGUCGGUGAGGAGGAAGGAGAAGAUCGACUUCACGCCCGAGGAGGGGAUCUGGGCGGUGGGGCUGAAUUGGAAGGGCAAGAACUGGGACCAAUACCAGGCUUUCACCUCCCCUGAGACUCCCCUGUCCCUCUGUGAGAGGCCCAGGAAGAUCGGGGUCUACCUGGACUACGAAGGAGGGUGGGUGGCGUUCUACAACGCUGAUAACAUGGCCCCCAUCUUCACCUUCACGGCCGCCUUCGCGGAGAAAAUCUUCCCUUUCUUCUGGCUCUUCUACGUUGGCUCCUCCCUCACACUUUGCAACUGAUGCGCCUGGCCCAGUUUGCUCUUUAAGGGGACCUGCAAAGGGUGGGGGUCCUGCCCCUCUGUUCUAUGUUGUUGUUGUUUUUUGCUGCUUUCUGAAGUAUAGAGCGAGCCUAAAAGGUUGAAAUGAACUUUUCCCCCCAAACUUUUCUCUUCUCAUUAACUAGAAAUUCAGAGCUUGUCUACCCUGGAAAACAUUAUGGCCCGCUGGGAAUCUCAGCUUAGAUGCUGAGGAGCACAAGUUGUAUUGCCUUUCAGUGAGACUUGUGCUCCUAAGUGAUUUUUUUAGGUGGUUUUUGAACAACACCCCCCACCAGUCUGUCCUGGAAGACUAUAGCCCACUGGAGACCUGGCAGCUAUACCAAAGAGCCUGCUUGAGAUGAAGUGAAUUAUUUUAUUCAGGCAGGUUAAUUUUUUUUUAAACACCCCACUCACUCAAUUGCCCCACACACACUUGGGAGAAAAGCUCUCUUUGUUAAUGAUUCACCACUCCCACCUGCUCAUUUGAGCACCCGAUCCACAUCUCUGAGACCUCCAGUGAGUCUGCCAGAGAAGACCAGACUCGAUUCUCCUGAUGUCUCAGUGGUAAAUCAAGCUGCAUGGGGAAGAAGGCAUAAUCAGCUGGGCCUUUUUUAUUUUUUUAUUUUUGCACUUUGCAGGUCACCUUUUGCAAAUGUAACUGCUCCAAUUCCCUCUCCCUUUCCUCCCCAGCCUUAGCAAUAGGACGCUUUAUCUCAUAACACGUUACCCCUUCUCCUGGCCACUAGCACGUAACAGAGUAAAACCUGCUUCCCCUUCUGUUGCUUUCCCUAUGUUGUCAAAUACCUAGUGAGCGUUAUAGGGUUGCCCUUGAUGUUGGUGUUUUGGGGCCAUAUUGAGGCUGCGGGAAGCCCAGGGCCCUCGGUUUGGCUCAGGCUUGUCGGGCAUGAGCUGUAGCCGACCUGAGGGGUGUGGGGGGGUGGACUGUAAUUACCUGCUGAUCCACUAGUGAAUGGAGCCAGCUUGUCUAGAGGCCACGUUCUGGAGUUGCAUGUGAGAUAAGCAAGGGCAGUUGAACCCAGAGGGUUCCCAUUGAGCCCAGUGGGGUUGGAUGAUGUUUUUGAGUUACACUAGCACAACUGCAAGUUACAGCAGUCUGGAGUGACUCCAGUGUCAAUUGAGAGCAGACUCCAGGAGUCAGUCCAGAUUUGAUUCCAACCCUAAACCCCACUGAUUUCAGGAGUUACCCUGGUUUAACACAGAUUCAACAGGGUAAAGUUAACCAGAGGGUUUUCCAUCUGCUUGUAUCUAACUCCAGCCUAGCAUUCAUGCUAGCCUCUGUAACCCCGUCAGUGCUGUGCGUCUCUGAACCGUUGCUCUGUUUCGUAGGAAAAUAAAAUUCACUGUGCAAAUA